AUGGCUUACAAGUUCUUCCAUAUUUUGGCUUUCGUGUUACUCUCUCUUGCUUGUUGCUCUCAAGUUAGAGCAAGAUUAGUUGCGAAACAUGAACACAUUGUACACUCCAAGAAUUACGAGAAUGAAACAUAUCAUGGAGGACAAAUUUCCACCGGCGUCGAGAAACCAAUAGCGCCAAGUUUUCGUCGUCUCCAGAAAAACGAUCUCGACUAUGUCCAUCAUUGGGCCGUUUACGAAACAAAGGAAUCUGAUGGCCCGUUUUAUGGUGCUAAAGCCCAACUAAAUGUGUAUGCUGUGCCGAAUACUAAAUCAAAUCAAAUCAGCUCGUCUUCUGUUUGGGUUUCAAGCAGUCUUGGCGGCCCAUCAAAAAAUUUCAAUUCAAUAGUAGCAGGAUGGCAAGUAAAUCCUGCGUUAUAUCAUGAUUAUGAUGUCCACUUCUUCAUUUAUUGGACUGCGGAUGGUUACGAGUCGACGGGUUGUUUUGACCUUUUAUGUAAAGGUUUUGUAGUAGAUAAUUCGGCUAAACUGAAGCCGGGUUAUAUAAUUACUCCAGUUUCCGAAUAUAAUGGACCACAGUAUUAUUUUACACUUAGAAUACAGAAGAAUCUAGAAACUGGAGAUUGGUGGUUAUAUAGAGAUGACGGAGAUGAUGCUGGACCUCUGGGCUAUUGGCCAAAAUCUCUCUUCACUACUUUAGCGGAUAAUGCAUCUGAUGUUGAAUGGGGUGGAUAUGUUCGCUCUUUAAAAAAUGAUAUCAGCCCCCCAAUGGGCAGCGGGCAUUUUUCUUCAGAAGGAGAAGGAGAGGCAGCAUAUAUAAAAAAUAUUAAGGUUGUCAAUUCAAUUGGCGAUAUUUACACAGUUACCGAGGACAUGGUGGCUUCCUAUGUUGACAGACAAGAUUGUUAUAGUGUUAGCGAUUUCAAAGGUUCAAAUGGAUCAGGAGGUGGAGACGGCUAUGGAUAUUUUCUCUUUGGCGGACCAGGUUGUAAAAAUUAAUUUGAGAAUAAAAUUAUGAAUAACUUA